CUGAUAUACUAAGGAGGUUAUUAAUUAGAGCUGUGCCCUCAGAAACUGUAAAAAUAUUUUCAAAUUGGUCAGCUUUCCUCUUAAACUCACGUCAAACAGUUUUCAUGAAGUAACUGACCUGAAACGUAAAGUCUGUUUCUUUCUCCACGGAUGCUACCCUGCCUGACAAGUAUUUACAACACUUUUUAUUUCAUGUCAACUUAAAUCUUCGGCCAAUUCCGUCUGGAAAUAAUAAAAUCAGCUGCGCUAUGGUUACAUUCAACUCAAAUGGUGGCUUCAUGGUUAAACUCUGCCCAUGGGGUGAGCGACAGCGCAAAUGGACCAAUGGCGUCCCGAAUCAGGCCCGACACUGAUGUCGUCAUGCGAAAACACCGGAAAAGGCGGGAUUUCCAAUGCCGCCAUGGAGCAAGAGGAUAAAGCGACGGCGGUGCCGAUGGAUGAAAUCAGCAAGCUGCGUAUUACCAACGUGUGGACCUUCCUGUUGUCGAUUCAGUGGUCAGAGCCAUGGCUGAUUGGGCUGCUGACUUUUCAUGUUCUCUGCUUUUUCCUAACUCUGGUGACGAUCAGAUUCUACAGACUGCAGAUUGCCCAUUUCCUUUUUAUGAUUGUGUUAGUGUACUGCGCAGAAUAUAUCAAUGAAAUGGCAGCAAUGAACUGGAGAUUAUUUUCUAUGUAUCAAUACUUUGAUUCCAAUGGGAUGUUCAUUUCUCUCAUCUUUUCAACUCCACUUCUACUGAACACAAUGAUCAUUGUGAUCAUGUGGGUAUAUAGAACAUUGGCAGAAAUGAAGUCACUGAAGCAGAAGAAGAAAGCAAACAGGGAACACGGAAAGAAAACUACCUAAGACUGUUUAAGUAGCUUUGGAUUUCUUGAAGCCUGUCCAAUUCACCUUGGAGCUUUCCCAUUUUCUGUUGUACAAAAUCAGUAUGAAUAUAGGUUCAAGGUUAUUGUUAUGGGCAUACCCAGGGUAUAAAUGUCACGAAAUCUUUUUGCAGGAACACAGUACAUUAAAAAUUGUACAAAUUGGAGAGAUUUUACAACAUAAAAAAAAUAGAAACGGGGUGGACCAUUCAGCCCCUCAUGCUUGCCCCAUUAUUCUGUAAGGUCAUGACUGAUCUUACAGUCAAGGUGUAACAUUUGUUGAUUACACGUGUGCUGACUUUAACACUAAAUCUGGUAAUUGAAUGAAUGAUAUUAUGAACUUUUCACCAGUGGUGUAUGGGCAUAAGAUUGCUUCGUUAAAUAUUAAGUGGCAUUGCUGAUUCUCUUAGUUUUCCAAUUAAAGCUGAGCUUUUGUCUUAGAACUGAAAGAUUUGGGGUUUAGUUUACAUCUUGAGAUCGCCAGAGCAGUACCUUGUGUAGUUAAAGCUCUUGAUGCAUUGGAAACUUGGUAGCUUUUGCCCCAAUCUGUUGAGAAGAGUGCAAGGUCAUUUGUAUGAGCUUUGGCAUUACGCAGUUAAGUGAGAAUCCUGGGAAGUAGUACUUUAGAUUCUAUUUUUUUAAUUAUUAGUUAUCUGUACACUUUUUAACUGAAACUGGUAUUUUAUUAAAUCAGUGUUGUAACUUUUGAACUAUCUCGAGUCAAGAUAAUGUUCCUUAUUCCAUAAAAUGUCAUUGGUGGACUUGCAUGGGAAUUAAGGUUAUAAACAAAGGCAUGGACCUGACCUGUCUUAAUCAAAAAUUUAAGAGAACAUCGGUAGUAUUUUAACAGCCACUGCUUUUGGAUCAGGCUCAAGGCUAAGGCUAAGUCAAAGUCAUGGAGUUCCAUAAAAUUAAAUGAGCAAAAGAGGAAUUAAUCUUUUCAGCCUUGGGCAGAUUUUCUGAGAACAGAGGAUGAUCUGCCUUCACUGGGUAUAUGGAGCCAUCUUUUGGAAUAUUAAUAAAAUGGGAUUAAAAAGAGAUGAUGUAAGAGUUACAAGUUCAGCCUUGCCAGACAGGGUGAUUUGUGGUGGGCCUCCCUCUACCUGGUACAUUUGUACUUUUGUUCUAAAGGUUUCACUGAAUGAGAAAAAUUUAAAAGGGUAUCUGUGAGGGGAAAAUGUAGCAUGAUUCAGCCAUUAGCUUGGGACCAUUGAGCAGAAAAAGUCAGGGACAGAAAGUCUCGGCUGUUGGAAUGAUCAAGUGAGAGAUACCAAUCUAUGGUUCUAUCUGAAGGUACUCUGGUAUGGAGGUAUAGGUGUCUUGGGCAGUGUCUUUAAAACGUUACUUUAUUUAUACAGCACAGUAACAGGCUCUUCUGGCCCAAUGAGCCUGCGCCACCAAAUUACACCCAUGUUAACCUACUAACCUGUAUAUCUUUGGAAUGUGGGAGGAAACUGGAGCACAUGGAGGAAACCCAUGCAGUCAUGGGGAGAAUAUACAAACUCCUACAGACAGCAGCGGGAAUUGAACCCCGAUUGCUGGUGCUGUAAUAGCAUUACGCUAACCGAUACGCUACCGUGUUGCUCGGGGUGACUUGUGUAGAUUUUGAUUUCUACCCAGGGCACAACAGGGAAAGGAAAAAGAUGCUGGAAUUUAGAACGAAAACAAAAUGGUGGCAGAACUCAGUGGGUCAAGCAGCAUCUGUGAAGGCAAAAUAACUUUAAACCACAACAAAAUGUGCUAAGUCUUGUUUGCUUUGAAUAAAGUACUGUUGCUAAAGUAUGGUCAGAGCUGACUAACUUCUGAUUUGGUUGUGAGUGGGUUAAGUUGGCACAAAGAAAAUAGUUGAAGAAAAUUGGUUCUAAAUUUCCAUGUGGAUGAAAUCUGUAACUGGAUGCUCUUACUGGGAAACUCUAAGUAACAAACCCCUCAGAGAAUACAGGACCCAUCAAGGUUCUUUCAUUAAAAAGUCAAUAGUAGAUGCCAAAAAGAGCAUAUUUUUCUUAACUUUUCAGGAUCCAAGCUUGAAAACAAAGGUGACUACCCCGUCCAUUCUCCCUGUGUACUUGUCGUCUCAUUGCCUGGUUGCUUUCCAGGCCAUGGAAUUCACUCCCUAAGCCAAUACAUCACUGACUUUGCAGCAGAGUCUCUAUUCAGAUCAAGCAAAUCAAUGUAGAAAUAAAUUUAGUGGGGGAGCCAACCUGAACUGAUUAUAACCUAAAUUUUGGGCAUUGUAUUGAACUUCCAUUAUAUAGUUCAUAUGCUGGAGAGAGUACUGAUUACCUACUUAAGUAUCUCGUGUUUUGAAAAAAAAAUACCAAUAUGUAUCUAAAAUGGAUACUUGAUUUUUGCCUCACCAGUUGUGUAAAUGUAUAAUUCAUUUAAACUGUACACCAGAAGGAUGGAGAAUGAGAGUGCUUCAAUAUAAAAAUGUCUCCAAAAAUUAGGUUUAAAGUUAUUAACUAAUAAAUAAAGCCACUUUUAACCCUUAA